AUGCUGCUUCGUCGGAUAUUGAUUGCGGCGGUUGUCGGCGCAGGGUUCACUGCUGUGGCUUCGGCUGCGCAACCUAGUCUGCCUCAGUGUGCGGUCUUGUGUCAGGAACAGGUCCUUGCAUCCAAUGUGACAGCAUGCAGCUCUUCAGACGGACUGUGUCUAUGCGGUGACACCACAUACCAGAAUGCGCUCACAACUUGCGCCUCUACUAAAUGCACCGUGAGAGAAUCAUUGCUUGCAAAACGCCUGAGCGACCGAACAUGCAAUGUCCCUGUGCACCAGGGCCGGCCCGAGGUCGAAGCUGCCACACUGAUCCCUUUGAUACUUGCUUCGAUCUUCUUCUUUAACCGAAUGGCCGCCAAAUCCAUGGGCCUGGCGGGUGGUUGGGGAGUUGAUGACUACACCAUUAUUGGUGCUUAUGUGCUAGCGGUAGCCAUCUUUGCCGUCAACAUCGCCAUGAUCCAAGUCGGCUUCGGCAAGAACAUGUGGGAUGUUAUUCCCAUGGACAACAUCACAGACGUGUACAAGCGCUUCUUCGCCUUCGUCGUCUUAUACAAGACGCAGAUCUCGCUGGCCAAGAUAUCCGUCUGCCUCUUCCUCCUGCGAAUCUUCCAGACCCCCACGUUCCGAUACACGACAUACACGAUCAUCGGACUCAACGCUGCCAUUGGAGUUACAUGGGUGCUUGUCGACUCCCUGCGAUGCAACCCAGUCCAUCUCGCAUGGGACGGCUGGACAGGAGAGACGCCAGGAAUAUGCAUCGAUUUCACCAGUGCGACGUUCGCCAAUGCCUUUGUCAACAUCGCCGUGGACACUGUCAUGGUCCUGAUGCCUGUUUAUGAAAUUACGAAGCUGAACCUCUCUGGAAGAAAGAAGCUCGGUGUGGGGGUCAUGUUCGCCAUGGGUCUGGUCUUGACGAUUGUCGCCAUCCUCCGUGUCGUUGUCUUCUAUCUCAAUCGCUGGGGAAAGAAUCCUACCGUGGAACUACAGCCAAUCGUCCACUGGUCCGUCAUCGAAGUCAGCAUCGCUGUUCUCUGCGCCUGUCUGCCCACCGGCCGCGCCAUGCUCGCCCACUUUUUCCCUAGUCUGCUGGGUGGUUCCUCCGAUAAAUCGUACCCGCAGCCCACCAAUCCCUCUGCAAGGGCUCUGGGUCCCAGUCGCCAAGGACAGAGGAGUCAGAUUGCCAAGACCAUGUCAUACUCCGUCGACUAUCAGACCAAGCCUCAAAACAGGGAGUCCAACAGCUUUGUGCGGCUGGUGGAGCUGGACCCUCUGAAGGAGGGGGGUGUACGUUAG